UCUCUCGAAGUUCGUUGUCCGUAUCGCGUUGUGAAUGUGAAGUUGUUUCUGUUUGGUUUGUAACUGAUGUGAAAUGCGGUAAUAGUAGUGAGGCACUUGGCAAUUUAAACACACGUAAAUUAACUAAGAUGUGAUAUAUUCAUCGUUUUUCAAUAAAAUACGCUUUGGUGAGUGAUAAAUAAACGUCCCGAACAUGCUGGGUUUCGUGAAAGUGCGGGGUUUUCGGUAAAAGUUGUCCUGUUUUCUUCGUUUUGCCGAAGUUUUUACACUGCUUCAUUGGAAUUUGGUAGGCGUUUUAUUGCCAGGAAAUCCUUUUGAAUGCAGCUUACGACUAUGUCAUAUCUAAACUCCAGUCCGACGAUCAAGGAAACUAACGAAAAUGGUUACUCUUGGUAUUCAUGUGGUUGCUGUCCCUAUGGCUACCACAUCGAUCUGGAUUUCGUACGGUACUGCGAGUCCAUCAGCAAAGAGCCAGAAAGUCGCACCGGAUCGAUCAAAAGAAGAAAAGAUAGAAGAAAACAGAGGCACUCGAUGGAAGUUUUACUGGGACUCAUUCCUCCUGUAACGGCAUCGGUUGACCAAACUUAUAAGACUAUUCAAGAGCAAACAACUCCAUCGCCGAAUUACUUGAGAACUACAGCAAAUAAAUUCCCAUUUCCAACAGAUGGCUUCGAUGAUGCUGUGUCCGAUUUCGAAAGGACAUUACAACGAUCCAAGAAAAAAGUUUCCAGUAAUCUACCAGAUGUUACCGCUGUCUCAGUGUUAUGUAUAGAACAUUCACGAAGGGUUGCUUCAGCUUCCGGUCAGACCAUGCCCGUCUUACCCACGACCCACGAUGAGGUAGCAAGACAUGAUUUCGACACCGUCACCAUCGAUUCAUAUGGAAUGAGCCCCUUGGCCUUGCAGAAAAUUAGGGAGCAGAUGGCUUUGAGCCUGGAGCGAACCAAGCAGUUGGAGGACCAGAUCAAGAGCAUGCACAAAUUGGAGGAGGAGGUCAACUUCCUGAAGGAUGAAAAUUGUAGGUUACGAAACAGUUUGAAAUCAGAAAACGGAAAAAACCAAGCCACAAUAAAUGACAAUUAUAUCGAACAUUACAAACGACAGAGGUCUCAAUCAUUCACAAACGUAAACAAUUUGGAGAUCUCAAUGCGAAAAGAAUCAUCCCCACCACCUCCACCACCACGAAAAGAUUUUGGAGUGAUGUGUGGGGUGUUGACGAGGAACAUAGGAGUAGGCAAUCAGACACCUAACACAAAGAAUGUUUCUACGGCUACUUUUGAAAAUGAAUUCGCUGAUAAGUGGCUGCCAGAAAAGGUCAAAUUUCUUAACAAUCAGAACUUGAAGUCAUCUAGUAAAAUCACGAUUUCAAAAGAAACGCAAACCCUAGGACAAAAGUCAAGCUCAGAUAAAGGUGUCCAAUUCCAAACAAAGAGUCCUACAGUGCCUAAGUUCAGCACCUACACGCAAACUACAACAACUAAAAAACAACUAGUGGAUAAAGGGAUCUUAGCAACUGUCAAAGUAUCUCAUAUUUCUGUCCAGAAAUGUGUUGAAUGUUACUCUAUUGGCACUUCAGAUGACACAGUAAAUGGUAUCAUUUGCGAAAAAUGCAAUGCUCAAAAAAGAUCUAUAGCAAUAGGUCCUGAAUCUAAUGAAGAUAGCCAUACGUCGCCUAUAUCCUUAGCGUCCCUUAACUUAAGAAGCAAAUCGUUCAAUAUGGGCGAAGAUCGACUUAACCUUACCACUAGAACCCGUUCCAUAGCAUCACAGUACGAAUCUAGUAGCAUCAGCAGAGCUUGUCAGGCGAAACUUAAGAAGGAUUCUUCUACGAAAUCUUGCCAAGCUGAAACGAAAAUGACUGACAAAAACACCCAGUACGUAAAUUACACUGUCUCAAGGCAUACCGACACUCAAGACUUUAUAACACCAAAGAAAAACGUCAGUUGCGAAGCAGUUGAACAAAAACCGGAAACCAUUGAGGUGGCUUGUAAUACCGCGACUGAUUUGCUGACCUGCGUCAAAUGUGAAAAAGAAAAAGAAAAGGAGGCGCUGAAGAAAGACGGAGGCAGCCCCACUCCAUCUAGAAUACCGCGACCACAAAUUCCGACUACUCCCGUAGAAAAUAGAAAGUUUAGGAGACAAGAUACUUACACUAAAGUAUAUUCACCAACUGAGAAAGCUACAUCACCUACUAGUCCAAGAUUGUCUGGUUUAGAUCUAUCACCUAAAGUCAUAUCAAACGAUUCAAAUCCCUUAGAUAAAGUUAAAAGUAACCUGAAACUAGUAGAACCAAUACCACAUGCUCAAAAUGGUGUCAAUUUCACAGCGCCUAUUACCAAAGUUCAAAUUCAAGAAAUUACACUGCCAACUUCAGAAUCUGUUUUCCAACCCAUUACACAAAAUCAAAAUAGGAAAAAAGUCAUGCCAAGUAAGGAAAUGCAGGGUGCAAUGAAAGUCCUGAACGAUCAUCUUAUGAAGAACCCUUCCAAAAACAUCAAGAACCCAACUGCUGAAAAUAUUAUUCAAACAGAAUGGUUCAAAAUCUCUAGCUCAGUAACAGCCAAUCCAUUGGAAGUGGAGGAUUACCUGGAUGCUUUCGAAGACGUAUCCAGCCUGUUACUGGAAUACAUAGUAAACAUGAGUGAUUAUAGUGGGAACACAGCCAUGCACUAUGCUGUUUCCCAUGGCAACUUUGAUGUCGUAUCCAUUUUGUUAGAUUCUAAAGUUUGUGAUAUCAAUAAACAAAAUAAGGCUGGAUAUACAAGUGUUAUGUUAGUUUCUUUGGCGGAAGUUCGGUCCCAAACACAUGCCAACGUUGUCCGAAGACUGUUCCAGUUAGCUGAUGUGAAUAUUAGAGCGAAAGAGCAUGGUCAAACAGCACUGAUGUUAGCAGUAAGCCACAAUAGGUUGAACAUGGUCAAGAUGUUGUUGGAAGCAGGUGCAGAUAUAAAUAUUCAGGACGAAGAUGGCAGUACGGCGUUAAUGUGUGGUGCUGAACACGGCCAUAUCGAAAUAGUUAAACAUUUCCUUUCCCAACCUGACUGCAAUUCGACCAUUAUGGAUAUGGAUGGCAGCACAGCUCUAGCAAUAGCUAUGGAAGCCGGUCACCGACACAUCGGAGUCCUGCUCUACGCUCAUGAGAGGAAUAGCCAAAAGUCUCAUAACGUGAAGUUAAAAAAAGCAAAAUCAACAAAUAGUCCGAAAACCCCUUCCUCACCACUGGCUGCAAGAAGUAGCCAUCGUGCCUUAACAGAUACGAAACCUAAAUAGUACUAACCCAUUUCUAACUGUGUUUUAACUUAAGAAGGUAAUGCGUGUUGUUUCGCUGUUAACGAUUCUGUUAACCAUCGUGAUGUAUUCAUAUACGAUGGUUCUAGAUUUUUGGCAUGUAAAAUGCAUGUUUAUUCAGUGUCAUCAAGAUAGGGAACCCAAAGUUAUUCAUCCGGUCCAAACAACUCUAUCUAGAUGAACAUAUUCUUAUGUAUAAUGGAAAAGAAUCUUAGUCGAUAUAUGGCCUGGCGCAAAUUUGACCCAACCGAGACACAAUACACUCCGGGGCCACGGAUGACCCUUGCAUUUAUUUUUCUACUGCAGCGCAUAUUGAACCCAACCGUGGGCUGUCGCCGUGGCCAGUUGCUAAAAUGUAGUGAUGUUGAUUAUAGUUAUUUUCAAGUAUCUAUGUAUUCGUUACUUUUGUGUAAAGUAAUAAUUUACAUUAUUCGUUACAUUGAUUACUAUGAAUACUUCGAAUAUUUAUGUAUUUCACUAACAGUAAUCAUAUAGAAAAUCGGAAUUCCUCAGUAUUUUGAAUAUACCUUACAAUAUUGUAACACUAGUUAGGGUUUUUAACAAAUUUAAACAUAUUUUAAGUGAUAUGCGUUACUAUUGAUAAUACAAAAAUAAAAACCGUGAAUACAUAAAAACAAUACAAUAUAUAAUAAAACAAUGAAAUACAUAAAAACAAUGAAAUACAUGUAAAAUUAAAGUUGUUGAUUAUAGUGUAGAUACAUUAUCAUUUCCACAUAUUUUUAGUCAAUCUAAAGCUAUUUUUUUAUCUAAGACUAAUAAUAUACAACCGCGUAACCAGGAUGAUCCUAAGGGGGGGGGGGUUACAACUUAAAAUGGCUUGAUUUGUCAACAACGCAUAAUGGUGUUAAGCUUAUAGAGCUCAAAGUAGAUCCCAAUGGGUAGGUAUAACCCCCAAACCUCCCUGGUUACGCCUAUGAUAAUAUAACAAUAAUGACAGAGGUAGACAGAGUUGGUCUUUUGACAAUAAACACUGACUAGACGGUAGUCCUAUAAUAAAGCAAAGGAUCCACAAAAUUUACAAUAAUUACGACGACAAAAACAAAAAAACGGAUGUAAAAUAUAUUGCUUUGCUUAUAUACCCGAAAUUAAUGUUUUCAAAUGAGUUUUAAAAUAAAUUAAAUCUACAUAUUUCAAUUGCUAAGAUUAUAGAAAAACAAACAUUCAAACAUUCAAUUUUACCUGAAACGGGGUCUCUUAUACUAUUAUCGGUUAACCCAGGAUGUUUAUAGUCGGUACUACUUGAAGUCAACCAUUUACUGCUAAGCAAACUUUACCUCGCUUCUAAACGCGCAUUUCGCCGGCGCGUGUUGUGUGUCGGUUGGGUUCAAUUUGCGCCAGGCCUAAGUCAAGAACCAAGUUUGUAAAUAUUAAUUUUGUUAUUGAAUUCUACGUCUUGCGCAAGUCAAAAAUCUAGUUAUUCAAUAAUCAAUAUUUAUGAUUCAACGAAAUGUAAGAACGAUUGAUUAAUAGUUUUUGUAGUAUUUUGUACGAUAUGACUAUUGGACGGUAGCUAGUCCGUAUUAUAGUAGUAUAAUUGUUGAUAUUUUAUUAUUAAAAUUUAAAAUUUGAGACAUUUGUUACUGUAUUGUUAUAAUAUUCAUAGAUGAACGAUUCUUGUCAUAAUCAAAUAGACCCUUCUGGUAUAGAGAUAAAUACAUAGAAAUAAAUCCAACAUCUGGAAUUUGACCUGAAGAACGAGGAACUAACUUAUUAUGUAUUUUGUGGUUUAUUCAAUCAAAAAAGCACUGUGCUAGAGAAUAGAAAAUAAUUGGAAAAAUAAAAACAGCCCAGAAAGGAGAAUUUGCAUUUCAAAUUGUUGACUAGAAUUGGCACGUCUACGCGUUUGCAGUUUGCCAGUGGCUUACUGUGCAUAAAAAGCAAACAUAAGAUUUUUGUUUUUAUUUUUUAACAAGCUAAGUGCCGGGUGUUUUUCCAAAAGCUCAAAGUAUUGUUAGUAUAUUUCACGACUUUGCGCCUAUUUUGGAUUAGAGAUGAAAGCUUUGACUUACCUUACGGUGUGUGGCGACACGCUUUAAUUACUAUUUUGGCUAAUUUUAUUUUUUAAUAACUUUUCUCAAAACGAAAUAAUAUGGGUCAUAUAAACUUCACAUUUAAUAUACAAACCAGAUGCUGAGAAGGGCCGUUAAGUUUUACGAAACGAAAUGUAUCCCUAACUAUAUGUUGUUGGUGUGGUCAGUUUAACAAACUGAAUUCCCCAUAAAUUAAUUACCUUAUCAGACCUUAUGUCAAUAACGCACUUUGGAAAUGCAAUCGAAGACGUUUCUUAAAACUACAGAGAGGUUCUGAGCUUUUAAAACGCCAGAUGUAGUAAUUUAUUGCCUUUUCUAGCCAUAUUGUAAAACCACAAACAUGAUGAUAAUAGUGUUGUGAUCUCUGCAGUAUCGUCACGGCAGGCAGGCAGUUCAGACGCUGAAUCGACUGUGAAAUAUUAAUAAUAUCAAAAUAGCUGACAAGGUCUUUCUCGAAACGAGUGCCCUACAUUGUGACAUCAAUGUCACCUAGUUAUUCCACUAUAAAAACAAUAAUGUUUGUGUAAGACCUUUAAAAAUUCAAUCGAUAUGAAUUGUUCUUAAUUUUUUGGAUGCUAAUAUAAAUCCUGUACAAAGCCGAACCAAGCAUCUCUUGUGAGUUGUGGUCAUACCAUUUCUAAAGCCAAAUUAUGUGUCGCUAAUUUCAUAUUCAAAAGUUUUGACAAUUCUGCUGUGUAUUAUUUUCAAAAAUGUUUUAAGUGUGUAACUCAUUAAAGAUUCUGUGAUCUGAGCAGGCUGUUGCACUUGACUUUUUGGGUUUUGCUACAAAGGUUGAUUGUAGCCAUUGUCUGGGGAUUGUGUCAGUUUGAUAUAUUAGAUUAAAGAGUUCAACCAUUACAUCAAUAUCAUCUUCAUCAAUAAGUUUUAAUAAUUCGCUGGGCACAUCAUCUGGUUCAGUAGCUUUACCCUGUUUUGUGAUUUUAAUGGCAUAGAUGACUUCUUCUCUUAAUAUUGGUGGUCCGGUAUCCUGUGUGAUUUCUAAUGACAGUUCUUCUCGUUCAUCAUUAAUUACUUGUUGGAUGUAAUUGGUCCAGUGACACAAUCUCUCCUUCACAUCAGUAAUAAUAUCCCCUUUAUCAUUUUUAAGGGUAUUUGUUCUUGUGCUUUUUCUAUAACCUGUCAUUUCGUUGAUUUUUUUGUGUAAAUUAAAGCUAUCAUACUUUUUAUCCAGAUCUUCUCUUUCUUUGCAUCUGUCAGAGAGUCACCUAUUUAUUACUCUCUAUUACUUGAGAUUUAUCAAAACACGUCUUGUCAUUUUCGGUGUCAAUACAUAUACAGUAGAACCCCGAUUAUCCGUGUUCCUCGGGACCGGAUGUUGGCACGGAUAAUUGAAAAGCACGGAUAAUCCGAACAUUCAUUUCCUAUUAUAAUACAUCUGUACGUAUAUCCAUACAUAUAUACCUACCAUAAAAAGACAACAGAACAAAUAAAUCUUUCAUUAUGAGUCUCCCUCUCCACGUAUAGAGUUUCCGUCGAGUGAUUAACAGUGACGCUAUUUUGAUGAAACCUCAAAAAUUCAAUUUAAGUAAUACAAAAUCAUAGCACGGAUAAUCCGCAGCCCGGAUAAUCCGCACACGGAUAAUCGGGGUUCUACUGUAAUCUAUUUCCAAUCACCCUACUAUGAUAAACUUAUUAGGGUACCAUGAAUUUGCAACCGGCUUGGCGGUAUUGCUAAAGUAAGGUAUCAGUUUCUCCGAAUGAGAAACCAAGUACAUACAGGCUAUGAGGGAUAAUCCAAAACAGACGCGAAUUCGUGAAAUACAGUAUAGCUACUAUCUAGUUGCACGCUUUAAAAAGAGAUGGGACACUGAAAAAAGGCUGUAACAUGAACUAUAUCACUGUAAUGAGGGUCAAAUGAAGGAUAGAGAGAAUUGGAACAAUAAAGAGACACCUUGUUUAAACAUUUCAUCAGCUGUGAUCAUCAUCGAUUGCAGUUACGUUAAGUUUCACAAAAAAUUGGUAUUGUGAGGAUUAGAAAACGUAUAUAUAGUCGGUUCGCUAAACUCGGACACAACUGGCUAGUGAUUUUAGUAAGUAAUUUGGCCAAUUUGUUAAAAUUUGCAAAAAAAUUGCUAAAUAGCUAAUAAUUACUAAAUAGUUAGUAAUUUUGCCAAUUUUGGCAAAAUUGGCCAAAAAAAAAACAAAAAAAUUACUUACUACUAUCACUACCCGGUUGUGUCUGAGUUUAGCGAACCGACUAUACCUGUCCUCCACGUACCCAUCUAUGAUUAUGGUUAUGUUUAUAAUUUUUUAAAUUUGAUAAUUUUAUAAACGGUACUUACAGGAACCAUUUUAUAGUUCAUAUUUAUUCAAAUUGAUUGACUUUUAUUAACAUUCCAAUAUAUAGGAUGAAUCAAAAUUAGUUGUUUUAAAUAAUUGUGUUAUUAGUGUUUUAAAAUCGUUUAUUCACAUUGAACAAUCUCUGUACUUGUAAAAAUGUCGUUAUUGUACUUUUUUUAAUACCUACUAAUGUAACUCUGUACUAAAUUGUUAAUAUUUUCUUUAAACUUUCUCAAUUCAAAUAAUAAAAAUGUAAUUUGUAAAAUAAAAAGAGAAACAAGUGUG